CUUAUUUAUCGAUCGAUCAUACGGCAUCAGCGGCGGCACCUAGCAAAGGCCGGCGCCAUUAGGCAGAAUUAGGAUACAAUGGCGACAGCGACGACAUGUCGCAAUCUCUUGCUCGCUGCCGUCGUCCUGGCGGGACAGCUUUGCGUGUGCACGGCGUACGUAGGCGUCGACGGAUUCAGUGUCGAGUUCAUUCACCGGGACUCUGUCAAGUCUCCGUACCACGACCCGGCGCUCACCGAGCACGACCGCGUGCUCGCUGCCGUCCGGCGGUCCACGGUACGCGCCGCGGCCCUCGCGCGCUCCUACGUCGGCGGCGAAGGCGCUGUGUCCGAGGCCGUGUCGAGUUCAUUCGAGUACCUAAUGGCCGUCAACGUUGGCACGCCGCCUACCCGGAUGCUCGCCAUCGCCGACACAGGCAGUGACCUCGUCUGGUUCAAAUGCGCACCUCGGACAGCAGCCGCCAGGGCCAUGCCGCCGAGGGCCGUCUUCAACCCGUCCUCCUCGUCGACGUUCCGCCGCGUAGGCUGCCACUCCGGCGCGUGCCAAGCACUCCAGUAUAGCAUUUCUUGCGACGCCAGGUCCAACUGCCAGUACUUCCGGUCCUACGUCGACGGCACCAAGACAAGCGGUCUACUCUCCACCGAGACUUUCACCUUCGAAAGCAUUCCAGGCGGAUGCCCGGGGUGUCGCAGCCAUCCGUAUGUGUUGGUGCCGAAUGUCACCUUCGGCUGCUCCACGUCAACGAACAGCACAUUCGUCGUGGACGCCAUGGUCGGCCUCGGUGCCGGAAGAACCUCCCUCAUCGGCCAGCUCGGCGCCAAAACUUCCUUAGGCCGCAGGUUCUCCUACUGCUUGCUCCCCUACAACGUGAAGAACGCCUCCUCGGCGUUCAACUUCGGCGACCGCGCCACCGUGACGGAGCCGGGCGCGGCCACCACGGCGCUGGUCCGCUCCGACUUCGAAGCCUACUACACCAUCUUGCUCGAGUCCGUCAGGAUCGGGAACGCCUCCUUCCAGCACCUUUCACGCGUCAUCGUCGAUUCCGGCACGCCGAUGACAUUCCUCGACAAGGCGCUUGUGGACCAGAUGGUGAACGAGCUGAGCAAGCGGAUCGGGACCGGUUUCCGGAAGCUGCCGUCUCUGCCAUCGCCGCUGCAGCUGUGCUACGAUGUGGGCGGGCCGAGUCGUCGGUACUGGUUCAACAAGAGCGUCCCGGAUGUGACGCUGUACCUGGCCUUCGUCGGCGUGGCAGUGACGCUGAAGGCGGAGAACACGUUCAUGGAGUGGGAGGAAGGGAUCAUGUGCUUGGCGGUGGCGCCGGUGUCGAAGGACCGUCCGCUGGCCAUCCUCGGGAGCGUCGCGCAGCAGAACAUGCACGUCGGCUACAACCUCGACAAGCGCACCCUCACCUUCGCCCCUGCAGACUGCGCCAGCUCCUACAGGUCGUCCUUACCUGUGCAUGGCUGAACCCUGUGAAAAGCACAUGAUUUCUAAGAUCCUCCGUAAUUUUGGAUUAAGAAUUUCA